AUUGUUAAUUUUUAUUUAAUUGUAGGGGUAUCCGUUAGGUUAUACUUUUCUUUUUUUGUCAUUGGGGUACUUGUAUUAAAAGACAUUGUGGGGAAUGGCGUUUCGUUAAUUUUAGAGUGGAGGUUUAGUGAAAAUUUUUUGGUUGAAUUAAGCUGUCCUCUAGUUUUAGAUUUAGUGAGUUGUUUAUUUUCUAUAGCUGUUCUUUUUAUUUCUGGUUCUGUUAUUAUAUUUUCAGGAUUUUAUAUGUCCCAUGAAAGGUUUUUAUGUCGUUUUGUUUUAGUGGUGCUUUUGUUUGUAUUGUCUAUAUUAUUUCUAAUUCUGUUUCCGAAUUUUUUAUUUAUGAUAGUUGGUUGGGAUGGAUUAGGAGUAGUUUCUUUUUUAUUGGUAGUAUAUUACAUAAAUAAUGACUCUUUGUCAGCGGGAAUGAUUACUGCUAUUAGAAAUCGGGUUGGUGAUGUUUUGUUUAUUAUUAUAUUAGGUAUGAUGUGUUGUUUUAUAAGUUUUAGAUUUUCUAGAGAAUAUUUAAUUGGUUUUUCUAGGGUUAGGGUUUUAGUUUUGUUUGGGUCUAUAACUAAGAGAGCUCAGAUUCCUUUUUCAGCUUGGCUGCCUGAGGCAAUAGCUGCUCCUACUCCUGUUUCGACUUUAGUACAUUCUUCUACGCUUGUAACUGCUGGUGUAUACGUAUUAGUUCGAUUUAGUGAUUUGUUAAGAGAAAUAAGUUAUUACCUGCUUAUUCUUUUAUCUAUAAUGACGGUUAUUAUGUCUGGUAGGGGGGGAAUUGUUGAAGUAGAUAUAAAAAAAGUAGUAGCUUUAUCAACUCUUAGUCAAGUGGGAAUAAUAAUAUUUGCUAUUAGGCUGGGUGCCAUUACUAUAGCUUUUUUUCAUUUAUUGGUUCAUGCUUUUUUUAAAGCCUUAAUAUUCAUGUGUGUGGGGGGAGUUAUCUUUUAUAGCGGUGGAGUUCAGGAUGCACGGUGUUUGAGGGGUUUGUGAAUAAAGAUGCCAUUUACAUGCGGGUUGUUACUGUUUACUAAUUUGUCCUUAAUAGGUUUUCCAUUUAUGUCCGGGUUUUAUUCCAAAGAGAUGAUUUUAGGAACGUAUUUAAGGGAAAAUUGCUCUGUUUUAGGGUUUGUUAUUCUGUUUUUCUCGUUAGUUUUUACUGGUUCUUAUUCUGUUCGAAUAAUACUGCUUAUAAUAAGUUCAACUCAAGUUUGUCCUUUGAAUCAUUAUAAGGAAUGUAAUAAAUAUUAUAUUACUUCUUUAGUGUUAAUGAGUAAUGGGGCCGUAUUUGUGGGACUAUUGAUUCAACUUUUGGCGAAAGAGAUAGUUUUCUUUGUUCUUUUAGACCCUGUAACUUUUUAUAGGUGAGUGUUUUUAAUGGGAUUUUGAUUUGUAAACAUAGUUGUUCUUUUACUUUUAAGCUAUGAAAAUAAUAAGUUUAAAAGUCUUUUGUAUUGAAUAAUAAGGAAAAUAUGAUUUUUGAAAGAUAUAAGUGGUAAUUUAAUUAGAAGAAAAAGACUAUUAAGGUUUUCUAAGUUAGUAAGAUUUGUUGAAAUAGGGUGAAUUCGAAGACAGAUUUGAGGGAGGGGGCUCAAACAUAUAGUUUUUGAAAAAAGUAACACUGUUCGAAAACUAAAUUUUCAUUCGUUGGGGCUUGUUAUAAUGGUGUCCUUGUGUUUAUGAAUCGUUGUGCUGGUUUAA